AUGCUUCGAGCAGGAGCCUCUCGAUGUCUCGUGGUCGGAAAUUCGACGUUGCGUUGCCUCUCAACUGGCAAGGACAAUUUGCCUGUCACCAGAUCUCACGACGCAAAGAAAAUGGAAUUGAACGAUAUUCUUGAGAAACCAUCUACGAAGGUCCCUGUAAAGGUAUCUUCCGACGAAACGAUGGAUAUUGGAGGUGUUCCUCUUCAGCAUCAGGAUGCUCGUACUGCAAGAAUUUUCCGUCCAGCCAGAGAAACUCCUCAAAGUGCUUGGGCCAACACUAAAUCUUGGACUAUCGAGCUCGAUAACCGCCAAAGAUGGGAAAAUCCUCUGAUCGGAUGGUCCGGAACUGCUGAUCCACUUUCUAAUGUGGGCAUGAAUAUGAAGUUUGCAACGAAAGAGGAUGCUAUCGCUUUUUGCGAGAAAAACCGUUGGGAAUUCGAUGUCGAGGAGCCUCAUGAGCGCAAGAUCAAACCGAAAAAUUAUGGACAAAACUUCUCAUGGAACAGAAGAACCAGAAUCGGAACUAAGUAA